UACCAGCUCCCUGAAACCUCCUCGCUCUAAAGUUGGCGUGCAGGGUUUCCCGAAGGCUCGGUCGGCGCGCCCGAGACGCGGGAAGGCACUUCCCCCCCAGGUGGCCGGGCGCUCCCGUCACCUCUCCUCCGCUUCGCUGCCGGCGAGCGCCGACUUUUUAUCAGUUUGCACAAUCGCUUAGAUAAACACCGAGGAAGAGAGAGAGAGUCUCUUUAAUUAUCCAAGACACAUCAUUUCAGGGGUCCAACAAAGCGCGUAUUGCACCCGCCAAACUAAAGGACAGUUCUUCCAGUUUUAGGAGGAAGAUGCAAGCGAUUUGGGAUCUUGAGCAAGGCAAAUACGGUUUUGCGGUCCAGAGGGGCAGGAUGCCGCCCACCCAGCCGACCCACGGGCAGUUCGCGCUGACCAACGGGGACCCCCUCAACUGCCACUCCUACCUGUCGGGAUAUAUCUCUCUGUUGCUGCGCGCGGAGCCCUACCCCACGUCGCGCUUCGGCAGCCAGUGCAUGCAGCCCAACAACAUCAUGGGCAUCGAGAACAUCUGCGAGCUGGCCGCGCGCCUGCUCUUCAGCGCCGUCGAGUGGGCCCGCAACAUCCCCUUCUUCCCCGACCUGCAGAUCACCGACCAGGUGGCCCUGCUUCGCCUCACCUGGAGCGAGCUGUUCGUGCUGAACGCGGCCCAGUGCUCCAUGCCUCUCCACGUCGCCCCGCUCCUGGCCGCCGCCGGCCUGCACGCCUCGCCCAUGUCCGCGGACCGGGUGGUCGCUUUUAUGGACCACAUACGCAUCUUCCAGGAGCAAGUGGAGAAGCUCAAGGCCCUCCACGUGGACUCCGCCGAGUACAGCUGCCUGAAGGCCAUCGUCCUGUUCACCUCAGAUGCCUGUGGUCUGUCGGAUGUAGCUCACGUGGAGAGCUUGCAGGAAAAGUCCCAGUGCGCCUUGGAAGAGUAUGUCAGGAGCCAGUACCCCAACCAGCCCACGCGAUUCGGGAAGCUCUUGCUUCGCCUCCCUUCUCUGCGCACCGUCUCCUCCUCAGUCAUAGAGCAAUUGUUUUUCGUCCGUUUGGUAGGUAAAACCCCCAUCGAAACCCUCAUCAGGGAUAUGUUACUGUCCGGCAGCAGUUUUAACUGGCCGUAUAUGGCAAUUCAAUAAAAAAAAAAAAAAAAACCCAAGUCAGAAGGGAGAGUGAAGCAGAGAAAGCAAAGAUAAAAAAAGACUGGUUUGUUUGCUUAAUUCCUUCUGUUAAGAAAGGAUAUAAAAGGAUGUUACACGUUUGCUAAAAAAAACAAAAAAAAAAAACAAAAAGAAGAGAGGGGAAGAACUUAAUGGACUGUGAAUUUCCAAAAAAUUAAGAGACUGUCAAAUGAACUUUUACAGAAUGCAUUAAAACAAAAACAAAACAAAAAAACAACUCCUGUGUCGGUCAGAACAACUUGCUACUUAUCUUUUUUUUUUUUUGUAUAAAAAGGAAAUUAGUCUUUUUCUUUUUUUUUUGGUAAAUUUUUGAAAAAUAUUGCUAAAAGUGCAUUUAAGGAGAUUGGGAGAAAAUUAGCAGAAUGGAGAAAGUAAGUCUUUUUUUUUUUUUUUCCAAAUUAUUCAUUGUCCUGUGUCUGUACCUCUAGCUGUUCUCUUUUUGUAUUUUCCUGGUUCUAAACCAGUUUACUCUGUGGUUCUAUAAUAAGUUUUGAUAUAACCUUGGCUUCUUAAAAACUGUGUAUCCUUAAAAUAUAUGUUCUGCAAGAAUUAAAACCGAGUCCAUGAAAAUAUCAUAGGAAGACAUUAAAACUUUUUAAAAGGAAACUCAGAGCUGAUGGGAACGCACUUAUAGGUGAUGGCCAAAAAUUUUAGGUGACGUUGAGCUAAUUUGAGAUCUGCAAGAACCACAUACAACACUUAACUCCCCUUCCCUGCCCCCCCCCCCAAAAAAAGACACCAAGACAAACCUAGCUUUUUAAAAAAUAUUUUAAGAAAGAGAAUGAACUGUGGAAUUUAUUGGCAGCCAAGGAAUGUGUCCAAGACACAUGCUGAGGUUUUGAAUAAAAAGUGAACUUUUGUAAUUUGAA